AUGUCUCGCGUCACCCAAUCCAACGCAUUAGCCUCUACGCCCAAGCUGGAACCUAGCAACGAACCCACCACUAGGGAUUACCGCAUGGAGUCCAAGGAACGGGAGCUUAAUAUCCUAUUAAAGCGCCCAAUAACUUCCGCGACCCAAGACGCUGAGGAAGCUGACCUGGAUGCUAAGCUUAAAGUCGCAGCGAAGCGAUUGCGUCUCCUGAAAAAACGACGCCAACUAGCGGACCUUACAAGGGAGCUUAAGGCUGAAGAAAGGGGCGUUACGCAAGAAGGUCCUCGACUUUCUGCCGGACCCUCUGCGACUCCCCAGCUAAGCCUUGAGUUAGCAGCGAGCCAGCUACGCUCUAGCAUGUUUGAGGCACAGUUUAGAACUCCUAUCUAUAAAGGAGAUACCCACGGAGCCUUAAAAUCUUCCUCAUGGAUUUAA